CUAAUACUGGCCUAUGUUACAUAUAUAGGAUGCUGCGAACUGUUGGGUGUGGGCCAUUUCCUGGCAUAUCCAAUCGACCCAAUAAAUGAACAUGGAGGCGAAUGUAGUUAGGAGGCGCUUUGCCUCUGCCAAACAGCAACAUAUACGAGAGAAGAUCCAAAAAUACACCACAUUGGACGGCUGGGUCCUCGAGCGCCAACAAACGAGCUUUGCAGAUGACGGUACCUGGUCUAACAUCGAUUCUGAUGUUACGCCACUGGAGAGACGAACAUGGACGUCGUUCACCAUCUUAGGAUUUUGGGGCAGCGAUGCCUUGAAUGCUCAAGCUUGGGAAGGUGCUAGUUCUAUAAUCCAGGCUGGUUUGACGUGGAGAGAGAGCAUUUAUCUAACUCUGACUGGGGCAAUGGUUGAUACAAUUCCAUUAAUACUCAACGGUCAUAUUGGUGCGACGUUUCACAUUCCCUUCCCGGUUGCUAUACGAUCCUCCUUCGGAUUUUACUUCUCUCGCUUUGCGGUAGUCACUCGACUGAUAACUGCUCUCUUCUGGCACGCAAUCCAGACAUGGACAGGAAGUACCGCCAUGUUUCAAAUCAUUCGUUCCAUAUGGCCGUCAUUCCUGGAUAUGCCAAACCACUUGCCAGAAAGCGCAGGCAUUACGACAAACCAGAUGGUUGCCCAUUUUGUGUUCUGGUCUGUGCAAUUCCCGAUAUUGCUCAUUGCACCACACAAACUUAAAUGGUUUUUUGUAUUCAAGAUAUUUAUCGUCCUCACGGUAAGUGUGGCUGUGGUGAUUGCCACGACAAAGCAAGCCGGUGGAGUAGGCGAUAUUUGGAACCAACCUUACCAAUCGAGUGGCUCGACAAGAUCAUGGCUUAUUAUGAACAGCUUUUCGAGCAUGUGUGGUAGCUGGGCAACAAUGGCUACUAAUAUUCCGGAUUUCACUCGAUACAUGAAGCGGCCUCGUGGAAUAUAUUGGCAGGCAUUGUGGCUGCCUAUGAUCAACGUCUUGAUGGCAACAUUCGGCAUGAUCGCCACUAGCUGCUCAAAGAUUUUGUACGGCGAAUACCUCUGGAGUCCACUCGACCUUGCCGCGGAGUGGAAUGGUCCAUGGGGCCGAUGUGGCGCUUUCUGGGUCGGAUUUGCUUGGGUUGUUGGGCAAAUCGGAACCAACCUGUCCGCCAAUGUCAUAUCAUGCUCCAACGACAUGACAAACCUCUGCCCAAAGUACAUUAACAUCCGCCGAGGAGUAAUAAUAACGACCGUAACGGCAGGAUGGAUCAUGGUGCCUUGGAAAAUUGUAGCCUCAGCCAGCUCAUUGCUGACAUUCAUGUCAGGGCUAUCAACAUUCCUUGCCCCAAUUGCAGCCAUCCUGGCAGCAGACUACUGGAUCGUAAAAAGACGACGCUUUGACGUGCCUGCCUUGUACCGUCGCUACGGCCGAUAUCGUUAUAUUGCAGGCAUCAACUGGCGAGCCGCCGUGUCCUUUCUCGUAUCAGUAACUCCAAAUAUGCCAGGUCUAGCGAAUGCAGUCAAUCCCUCGAUCCAACUAAGCGCCGGAAUUCGGCAUAUCUGGGAGAUGAACUACCUCUGGGGGUUCAGCAGCGCUUUCUUCCUUUAUUGUGUUCUGAGUCAUUUCUUCCCGGCCAAGGAAACUUUGGUGAAGGAAGCCAUACACGGCGAUAUGCCAACAUACGAAGGUACCGCUACUGAAGUGGCUGGAACGGAGACUGCUUCUGAAUCGACCGAUCGCAAAGAGCCAUAUGAUGUCGUGGGAUUCUAUCAACCGUGAGGGGCAGGACUUACUGGGUAAUUUCGGGAUAAUCUUAGUUCCUAGGAAUGAGCCGUUUGAUAUUUUACCUCUAUUAGUUCA